ACUGUUGGUUUGCUAUAUGUGUUGGAUACUUGUCUUGGAGGGAAGCCCGUCAGGUAUCCCGGCACACAAUGCGGCUACUAAUAUUACUCCUAGUCAUGAAGCUGGCUGCGGGGCAGCUAGACCUGAAUAAUGACCUGGACUUCCCGGCAGUCAUGCCCAACAUGCCCCAAAUCACCAGCCUCGACGUCCAGUGUGAGAAAUCGGGCAUGACAGUCAACGUUGAGUUCUCCCUACCUUUUGACGGUGUGAUCUUCAGCAAGGGUCACUUCUCUAACCCAGCUUGUCGGUACGUGGCUGCCAACUCCAAGCGCUCCAGCUUCACUCUGAUAAUUCCGAGUGAUGGGUGCGGCUCGUCCACGUCUCAGUUCAACAGCGGCAGUUCUAAAGGCAAGAGCAGUGAGACAAGUACACGAAUGACCAACACGAUCAUCGUCCAAAACGACCCCGACGUGCAAGAAGUGUGGGAUGUCGCUCGCACUAUCAAGUGUGACUGGGUAGAUAACUUCCUCAAGACUGUAGCAUUUAAUCCAUUCUCCGUUGGAAUGCUAGACGCCCAGGAAGCUCGCUUUGAGGGCGACCAGGCCAUCGAGUGUUGGAUGGACUUGAAACAGGGACAGUGGCCUAACACAAACGACAUUGACUCUAUAGUUAAGAUCGGUGAUACACUUUCCUUACUAGUAUAUGCUCGUGACAACGCUGGCAUGUUUGACGUGAGCGUUAAGGAUUGCUAUGCUUACGGAAGUCCUGAUUUUGACAGUAUAAACACACCGCGCAUCCAACUGACUGACGAAGAAGGCUGUGUCCUGAAGGAGAAACUCAUCAGUCCCUUCUACAGCUCGCGCCAGCAGGACAACAGUGGACAAGUUAUUGUUACCUAUGCUUUCAUACAGGCUUUUAAAUUUCCUGAUGUCAUGGAUGUAUUUAUGUCUUGCAAUGUAGAAAUCUGUAAAGGAGAGUGUGAUAACGUGUGCGGCUCUACAACAUCUACAGAAACUCCCUACCGGAGAGGCAGUACAUUGUAUGGCGAAGCUAUAACUACUCUACCCACUGUUACCAAACCUAUAUGUUAUCCUGGCUCCGAAGACCCGAGGUGCAUUACUCAUACCAUUCCUCCAUCUACUCUCCCAACAACUUCAAAAUGUAUUAUAGGCUCGACAGAUCCAGAAUGUCAGAUACACAUCCCUUCACAGAAUAGACCGUCAGCAUUCGUCUGCGAUUUGCAAAAUAAAGAUCCUCGCUGUUUGAACCCUUUAACUAUUGAGCCUGAUACCCCAGCCCCACCCAAGUGUUACCCAGGGUCCCCUGACCCACGAUGUGCCCAACCCACUACUCCAGCCCCACCCAAGUGUUACCCAGGGUCCCCUGACCCACGAUGUGCCCAACCCACUACUCCAGCCCCACCCAAGUGUUACCCAGGGUCCCCUGACCCACGAUGUGCCCAACCCACUACUCCAGCCCCACCCAAGUGUUACCCUGGGUCCCCUGACCCACGAUGUGCCCAAUCCACUACUCCAGCCCCACCCAAGUGUUACCCUGGGUCCCCAGACCCACGAUGUGCCCAACCCACCACCAAAGCCCCACUUAAAUGUUACCCUGGGUCUCCUGACCCACGAUGUGACCAGCCCACUACUCCAGCCCCACCCAAAUGUUACCCUGGGUCCCCUGACCCAGGAUGUGCCCAGCCCACUACCCAAGCCCCACCCAAGUGUUAUCCUGGGUCCCCUGACCCACGAUGUGCCCAGCCCACUACUCCAGCCCCACCCAAGUGUUAUCCUGGGUCCCCUGACCCACGAUGUGCCCAGCCCACUACCCAAGCCCCACCCAAGUGUUACCCUGGGUCCCCUGACCCACGAUGUGCCCAACCCACUACCCAAGCCCCACCCAAGUGUUACCCUGGGUCCCCUGACCCACGAUGUGCCCAGCCCACUACUCCAGCCCCACCCAAGUGUUAUCCUGGGUCCCCUGACCCACGAUGUGCCCAGCCCACUACCCAAGCCCAACCAAAGUGUUACCCAGGGUCCCCUGACCCACGAUGUGCCCAACCCACUACCCAAGCCCCACCCAAGUGUUACCCUGGGUCCCCUGACCCACGAUGUGCCCAGCCAACUACCCCAGCCCCACCCAAGUGUUACCCUGGGUCCCCUGACCCAGGAUGUGCCCAGCCCACUGCCCCAGCCCCACCCAAGUGUUACCCUGGGUCCCCUGACCCACGAUGUGCCCAACCAUCUACCCCAGCCCCACCCAAGUGUUACCCUGGGUCCCCUGACCCGAGAUGUGCCCAACCAUCUACCCCAGCCCCACCCAAGUGUUACCCUGGGUCCCCUGACCCACGAUGUGCCAAACCCACUCCCCCAGCCCCACCCAAGUGUUACCCUGGGUCCCCUGACCCACGAUGUGCCCAGCCCACUACCCCAGCCCCACCCAAGUGUUACCCUGGGUCCCCUGACCCACGAUGUGCCCAACCAUCUACCCCAGCCCCACCCAAGUGUUACCCUGGGUCCCCUGACCCAAGAUGUGCCCAACCAUCUACCCCAGCCCCACCCAAGUGUUACCCUGGGUCCCCUGACCCACGAUGUGUCAAACCCACUCCCCCAGCCCCACCCAAGUGUUACCCUGGGUCCCCUGAUCCACGAUGUGCCCAACCCACUACCCCAGCACCACCAAAGUGUUACCCUGGGUCUCCUGACCCACGAUGUGUCAAACCCACUACUAUAGCUCCUCCCAAAUGCUAUCCAGGGUCUCCUGACCCACGAUGUGCCCAACCCACUACCCCAGCCCCAUCCAAGUGUUACCCUGGGUCUCCUGACCCACGAUGUGCCCAACCCACUACUCCAGCACCACCAAAGUGUUACCCUGGGUCUCCUGACCCACGAUGUGCCCAACCCACUACUCCAGCCCCACCCAAAUGUUACCCUGGGUCUCCUGACCCACGAUGUGCCCAACCCAUCACUCCAGCCCCACCCAAAUGUUAUCCUGGGUCUCCUGACCCACGAUGUACCCAACCCACUACUCCAGCCCCACCCAAAUGUUACCCUGGGUCUCUUGACCCACGAUGUGCUCAACCCACUACUCCAACCCCACCCAAAUGUUAUCCUGGGUCUCCUGACCCACGAUGUGCCCAACCCACUACUCCAGCACCUAUUUGCUAUGAAGGGUCUCCUGAUCCUCGCUGCCCUCAAAGGCCGUUCGGAAGCACGUUGUUUCCAGAGAACACUGUUACCCCUGGUCCAACCCCUGGUCCAACCCCUGGUCCAACCCCUGGCCCAACCCCUGGUCCAACCCCUGGUCCAACCCCUGGUCCAACCCCUGGUUCAACCCCUGGUCCAACCUCUAGGCCAACCUCUCGUCCAACCUCUAGACCAACAUAUAGGCCAACCUUUAAGCCAACGUCUAGGCCAACCUCUCUUCCAGCCUCUAGACCAACAUCUAGGCCAACCUUUAGGCCAACGUCUAGGCCAACCUCUCUUCCAACCUCUAGGCCAUCUUCUAGACCAACAUCUAGGCCAACCUCUAGACCAAAAUCUCGACCAACCUCUACACCAACGUCUAGGCCAACCUUUAGACCAACAUCUAGGCCAACUUCUAGACCUGAUACUGGGCCAACUACUAAGCUACCUCCAUGGACUCCUAAGCCAAAGCCUCCACAGUUCCCUCCAGACGUUACAGGUCAAGGUCAAGCUCUGUUUCCCGUGACGCUCACUACUCCAAAAACAACUACCCGGGCCUCUUUUACUAGCGGUUCCCCAUUCCAGCAGAGUACUGUACCUCCGAGACCCACUGUUCCAUUCCCCAUCACUCAAACCCAAGUCUCCUUUUGUAGAGCCAAAGAAAGGUAAACAGAUUGAUGCAACUGAGGGGCAGCCUAAGCCUGAGCCAUCUGGAAAGGAAUGGGAGGGCGAAUCUCGUUACCACGCUUUCCAUAGCUUCCAUUUCCAGCGCGGCGAUGGAAGGCGAAAUCGUAUCUUUGGUGCUCGCCUGCCCAGAGAGGCUGAAGACACCCUUUCAGAGUUGAGGUCUGUUAGCUCUUCCGAUGUGAGAACGCUGAAUAAAAAACCACUUAACGAAAAGGUGUACAUACGUUUGUCUCGAUCUGUCUCUGUUGCAGCACCUAGCGAUCUGCCCCUCACUCAGAGUUCGGUUCCAAUUGCUGCUGCACAAACAGCUGUGGCCUCUGUUUACAAUGAUUCUUUUGGUACAGUAUGCUUUCCCAUGUCAGUCUUUGCUCUCACCAUGUUAGCCCUACUUUUUCUUCUCCUUUUAGCCUCCACCGCAGCUAUUGUCUUUUACAUUCGUCAGCGAGGAUCUUGCAAAGACAAUAUUUGGACCGGCUACUAGUCUUAUGUUAUUCUCCGCAUCUUUUUCUCACCCUAUAUUACAAAGGUACACAUUAAUGCACCCAACAAGUGCUUGAUACACAUAAUGUGAUUCCGUGACAAUGUUCCUCUCACUUAUUCUGAAAUUCAGAGAAAAUUUUCAUUAUUUGCCUCUCAAGCAUAGCAUUACAAUUGUACAUAAUCUGACUAGUCCAAAGCCUUUGUAAGAUAUCGGAGUGAAUUACUGUAGAGUUUCAUUGAUCAAAAAACUCGUUUACCUAGUAUAUAUUUUUUUUUUGAAGUUCACACUACAAGUUUUGUUAACAUGAUAUUGCCCUGGCGGUAAAUACUGUUUCGUGAACUCAGAUAUAUAGGUUCAUGGUUAAUUUGAUAUUCCUUUAUAUUUUAAGAAGCAUGCAAGUCAAUGCUAGUUUUGUUAUCACACUCUCUGUCGCCUCUCUAAAUAGCUUUGUUUACGUUAUGGUAAUCUUAAUGUAUGAUAAUUUGAUUAGAGUUCUAUAUAUUUAUUUCUUUAUAUGUAAUGUAACUAUGAUAUGUCUGUAUGACUGCUGGUGACAAACUCUUGCUUGGUUCCAAGGCAACCACCCAGACCAACCACAUGACACAUACGGUGACCUUCUUCUAACUCUAUCAUUUAACGUUGAGUCAACGCGCCACAGGUGAGUUUAUUCGAUCUAUUUUAAACUGAUAUAUAU